AUGUACCAGCAGCCGUGCUACUCGCGUGCGGCCGGGGGCGAGCCGGGGGAUGGGACAGGGGGGCUAGGAGGGGGGUUAGGAGGAGGGUUAGGAGGCGAGGAGGACGACGAAUACGAGGAGAGGGACCUGUACGGCAGCCCGCGGCCGGCCUUUGUCCACCAGUCGUCGCGGCCGCAAUCGAGGGCGUCGUACGGGCGAGGCGCACAGCCGGCAUACCCACCACCGAGGACGUCGUUCAGCUCGCCGCCGCCGCUCCGGUCCAACAACUCGUUCGAGGUCGGGUCCGUGUACAGCAGCGAGCGCUUCUCGGCCCCGCCCGACUACCCGCCCUACCAGCACCAAACACCGCAGCCACAGCAUCCGCAUCCGCAUCCGCAUCCACAUCCACACCAACCGUACGGCUACGGCUAUGCCUCGUCGCCGCGCCAGUCGCUGCAGUCGCCCCCUGGCGCCUACCCGGACAUGUACGCGCCCGAUGCCCAGGCGGAGCACUACUGGUACGCCGGCGCGCCGCCGUCGGUCGUCUCGUCGGGCCACACGCUCACCUAUGAUCCCUACACGGCCGCUGGCGCUGCUGGCGCGCACGCUGGGAGCACCCCCUACAGUGGCGCGGGUGGUGGAUACAGGGGCGAGGAGGCGCCCAGCUACUUUGGCGUCUCGGCCCCGCACCACCAUCCGGGCGCUGCACCACCGGCGAGCUCGCACCAUCACCACCACGGCCGUGCAGGCGAGGCGCUGCCCAACUUUCCCCAGUGGAGCCGGACGUGGUACGGCGGGCACCUCUCGGCCGACGGCCACGCCUACACCACCGUCCCGCCCCGGCCAGGCUCGGGCACGGGCUGGGAGUCAGAGACGAUGACGCGGUCCGGCGGCGGCGGCGGUGGUGCACAACACCACAUCUACGGCCGCACGGGGGGAAUCAGCGAUCCGGUCAAGGAGGAGCGCAUGCGCAUGCUCGAAAAGGAGUUUGGCAAGCCCAAGAUCCGCCAUGGCGGCGGCGACGACGAUGACGACGACGACAGGACGAUGCGGGGCGGCGAGGCAGGCGGGAGCGACGACGACGACGACGACGAGGCAGACCUGCCGCUGGGCAGCGUCACGUCGCGCGGCAAGCUCGUCACCGAGCGGCCCCGCUGGAUGCUUGGCGCCCGCUGGCUCAUGGGCCUCGCCGCGCUGGCGGCCUUUGCCUGCGGCAUCGGCGGCGCGCUCCUCAUCAAGCCCGACAAGAACGACGUGCCGGCGACGCGGGGCAGCGCUGCCAGCUACGUCGUCUAUGCCGCCAGCGCCAUCACGCUCGUCGCCCUCGUCUAUCUGCAUGUGUUCCGGCCCUGCUGUUGCGACCCGAUGCGGCGCCUCGUCAAGCCCGGCGCCGGUGGUGGGCCGGGUGGGCCAGGCGGUGCGCUUGGCGGGCUCGUCAUCCCCGUGCUCUCGGCGGCGGGCCAGACGGGCAAGAAGCAGAAGAUGCCCGGGGGUAAAAAGGGACGGAUGAUGAUGCAGCAGCAAGCGCCGCCCACGGUCAAUCUCAUCGUCGACCCGACCCUCUUGGGUGGUGGGAAAAAGUCCAGGCACGGCGGCGAUGACUCGUCGGACGACGACGACAACGCCGGCGGCUACCACGGCGAGCGACUGCCCGGCGACGCGCGUCGUAAAAAGCGUCGCAAAAACGGCCUUGGCGUCGUGGGCAACAUGCAGAUGCAGCAGCGCUGGCGCGUGGCCCGCUCGACGACGAAGCUGCUCCUCAUCUGGGACUGUGUUCUUUCGCUUGUCUGGCUCGCUGCGGCCAUUGUCGCGAUUGCCUUCCAGCCCAAGGCGGGCGCCUGCAAGCCUGGCACGGGCAACGGCUGGUGCGACUUCUACAAUGCCGCCAUUGCCUGCGGCGUCAUCUUUACCCUCACCGCCUGGUUCGCCGUCUACCUGGGCUACCGCAACCUCAAGGUGUCGAGCAAGCCACCGCGGGCGAUCUGAUGUGCGCCUGUGUGCCCGAUUUUCCUACUUACCAUCGACCCGAGCGCGUUCUCGUCGCAUUCAAAAUCCCACUCCCCGUUUCACUACUUAGCUUCGUCAUCAUCGUCAUCGUCGUCAUCGUCAUCCACAGUCAAUUCUGGCCCCGCAUUCAAACUCAUCGGCCCUGCUUCCCCCACAUUACUGCUUCCUUCCCAGUUUUCCUUACAAAGACACAUUCUAAUUGCUGCAAUACCAAAUGUUCCCUUUCGCCCC